AUGGCAAACAACAAACAUAGUGAUGGUAACAAGGCCAUUGAAGCGGUAGAGUUAAGUAAUGAAUCAGAAAUACUUGUAGAUAGAAAGUCCAAAUUUCAAGCAAGAUGUUGUUCACUAACAGACCAAAAUUCAAUCGCCUCGCUUUUACAUUCUUUAUUAGAUAAUAACAAAUUGGUUGCAAAAGCUUCACAUAAAUAUAUGUAUGCAUGGAGAAUUGGUGUAUUAAAACAGAAUAAUACAACUAUAGGUAAUAGAAAUAAUAAUAAUAAUAAUAAUAAUAAUAAAUUAAGUAAAAAAAAGAAUAAGGCAAAAUCUAAUAAUAAUGAUGCUAAUGAUGGCAGUAAUAAGAACAAUAGUACUAAACUUGAUUCAACAAAUUACACAAAUAUCCAACAAGGUUGUUUUGAUGGUGGAGAGGCAGGUGCAGGUCAACGACUCUUAACAUUGUUAGAAAGAUCUAAUGCAAUUAAUGUUCUGGUUAUUGUUACAAGGUGGUAUGGUGGUACCCCAUUAGGACCCGCUAGGUUUAGACAUAUUUGUUCAACUGCAGCAGAAAGUUUAAAAAAAAGGUAA